AUGAAUCCCGAGCGCGUGGAGGUUGUUAUUGUCGGCGCUGGCUGGAAUGGUUUGAUAUCUGCAAAGACAUAUUUAGAUUUCCGACCAUCCGCCGACCUCGUUAUCCUGGAUGAGCAGGAGUCGAUUGGAGGUGUCUGGAGCGCCGACAAAAUCUAUCCAAGCCUCUACGCGCAGAUUAAAUACGGCCUGUUUGAAUACUCUUUCUAUCCGAUGCGCAAUGAAGGUAUCACGGAGGAUGGCUACAUCUCGGGCGAUACCAUCCACACCUACCUGAACGACUUUGCCUGGGACUUUGAUCUGGUUCGACGGACUCGUCUGCGGACGAGAGUGACGAAUGUCUUUCAAUUGCCCAGCGGAAAGUGGCGUCUCGAGAUUGCCGGCAAGCCUGACAUUGAGUGUAAGAAACUCAUCUACGCAUCUGGGGCAACGUCCCAUCCGGUCAUCCCUGUCUGGCCUAAGGCAGCCAGCUUCAGUGCACCGAUCAUCCACUCGUGCGAGACGGGGAGGCAUCUCGAUCUACUGCGCCAGAUUCAGUCGGCAACCGUCGUGGGUGGUGCCAAGUCGUCGUACGACACUGCCUUUCUGCUGCUGAAAGCGGGAAAGAAGGUCAACUGGGUCGUCCGAGACGACGGGUGUGGUCCUCUGGCCAUCAUGCCUCCCACGCUGUUCGGAAUGGUCAACACCAUGGAUGUGGUGACCACGAGAGCAGUGAUGCUUAUGGGUCUCUCCGUUAUGAGCACCGACGGGGCUGUUCACCAAUUUUUCCAGAGGACGAUCAUCGGACGGUUCAUCCUCUGGCUCUUCUGGCUCGUUGUGAACUGGUUGGCUGACAGGCACGCUGGUUACUCCAAGUCGGAGAAUGCCAAAAAGCUAAGGCCAUUGCCUCAUGGAAACGGGAUCUUCUGGGCAAAUGCUGGUCUCGGAGCAGCCAGUGUCCCGCUCUUCUGGAAGACAUUCCACGCGGGCGAUUGCACCGUCCACCGAACCGAGAUUGACUCAUUCGGCGAGGACAACACGGUCCGUCUGAAGGACGGGACUUCAUUUCAAACAAACUACGUGAUUCUGUCGACAGGGUUCGACAAAUCUUUUCACGUUUUCAGUCAGGAGCUGCAGCAUAAAUACGGCCUCAUGCCACAUGCAGACCCGAGCUGUUCGGAAGAAAGAAAGUGGGCGAGACUCCAGGCCGAGGCCGAACAGGCAGUCGAUGAACUGCUUCCCGGGCUCCAGAAUCCCCCUAGUAAACUUGGCGAGGGGGUCAAUCGCGAGAAGACGACCGGUGGGAAGCACAUUCUGCACGGGCCUAGCCGACAUUAUCGACGCAUGGUUGUCCCUUCGCUCGUAGCCGCAGGAGACCGAUCCAUUUACUUUCCAGGAUUCAUCCACUCCAUUCUUACUCCCACUGUAUCCGAGGUGCAGGCACUGUGGGGGGUGGCGUUCCUUCUCGGGUUGCACGAUCCGCCGUCGCUGCACGAAAUGGAGCGAGAGGUCGCCGAGUGGAAUGUCUGGACGCGGAAACGAUACGUUGGACAGGGUAGAAAACAUGCUUACGCGAUCUUUGACUUUCUUCCAUAUAUCGAUGUUCUUCUUAAAGAUCUCGGCGUGAACCCUCGGCGCAAGAAGAGCUUGCUCGCCCACUUGUUCAUGCCAUCGUACCCAUGCGACUACAAGGGCAUCAUUGACGAGUUCCGUCAAACCUUGGCCGCGAGACAAGCGUCCAAGUCGAAACAUGCCGUAUAA